AUGGCUCCAUCCCCGGAAGGAGUAUCCGUCGUACUCGGAGCCCAAUGGGGUGACGAAGGUAAAGGUAAACUUGUCGAUAUCCUGGCUGCCGAAGCAGAUAUCUGCGCUAGGUGUGCCGGUGGGAACAACGCCGGUCAUACUAUCGUAGUUAGGAAUGCUAAAGGUGAAAAGACAAGUUAUGCUUUUAACCUUUUACCUUCUGGUCUCAUCAACCCUACUUGUACUGCCUUUAUCGGUUCAGGUGUGGUCGUUCACGUACCUUCGCUUUUCAACGAACUUGAUACUCUCGAACGAAAAGGCCUCAAAGUAUCUGACCGACUCAAGAUCUCUGACCGAGCUCACCUCGUCAUGGGAUUCCACCAAAUCGUUGACGGACUUAAAGAAAUUGAAUUAGGCGGUUCAUCAAUCGGAACCACCAAGAAGGGUAUCGGACCCGCUUACUCCUCUAAAGCUUCUCGAUCAGGUUUGAGAGUUCAUCAUCUCUACGACCCAUCUUUCCCUGCCAAGUUCAGAAAAUUGGUAGAAGGUAGGUUCAAGAGAUAUGGUCAUUUCGAAUUUGAUACAGAGGGUGAAAUUGAGAUGUACUUGGCAUUCGCCGAGAGACUCCGACCUUACAUCGUCGACGGUGUCACCUUCAUUCACAACGCCUUACAAUCCGGUAAAAAAGUUUUAGUCGAAGGUGCCAAUGCCCUAAUGUUAGAUAUCGACUACGGUACAUACCCCUUUGUCACCUCUUCAGCCACUUCCAUCGGAGGAGUAGUAACCGGUUUGGGUAUUCCCCCGUUCGCUAUCAAGAAGGUCGUUGGAGUGAUCAAAGCGUACACUACCAGAGUAGGUGGUGGACCUUUCCCCACCGAACAGCUCAAUACUGUUGGAGAGACCCUUCAAGAAGUCGGAGCCGAGUACGGUACGGUCACUGGACGAAGGAGGAGAUGCGGUUGGUUAGAUCUGGUAGUUAUGAGAUACUCUACGAUGAUCAACGGUUAUACCUCUUUGAACUUGACUAAACUUGAUGUGUUGGAUGGAUUCGAGGAGAUUCAAGUGGCUACGGGGUACAAGAUUGAUGGUCAACAAAUUGAAGGGUUCCCUGCCGAUCUCGACCGACUCGCCCAGGUCGAAGUUGAAUACACCACUUUACCAGGAUGGAAGACGGAUAUCUCAAACUGUAAGACAUACGAAGAGUUACCUGAAAACGCCAAAAAAUACAUCAAGUUCAUUGAAGAUUUCUUGAAAGUAAAGGUACAAUACGUCGGUGUGGGUCCAGGUAGAGAUCAGAAUUUGAUUUUGUUCUAA